AAGGCCAGUUCCCGGAUAACCUCAAGCCAGAUAGAUCCCUCCCCUUACCUCUUGUGUUUGAAUACACACUCUCUCACACGAUCCUAGUUUAACCUUCCUCGAUCAUCUCACCUGUGCUUAUCAGAAAGAACUCAGAUAGAGGAAGCAGACAUGAAGUUGACACUGGGCAUCACGCUCACACUCACGCUCCUUCUGUUGCUUCAGAACCUCCAACAAGUAUCCACCCAGAUUCCUGACAGCUGGGAAAGAGAUAAUUAUACAAUAUCUGAAAAUGACAAUGGAGAACAGUCACUUAAAGAAGAAACCAAUAAUGAACCAACAGGAGAAAAUGACUUAGGCAAUGUGAAUACACAGGCGACACCACAGAACAGUGAGAGCAGUUCAGAAAACGACGGACAAUCAUAUGGCUCCUUUUAUUAUACUGAAAAUGAACAACAGGACCAGAAUCCCGCAGUUACGACACCGAUGCCUCCAGCAGCAGACGUUCUGCCAAAUAUUGAGACAGAGGAAGGAAGUUAUGAGAGCCUUGCUACUACAACACCGCCUCAAAUCGCACUUAAUUCCAGUUCUGAACUCUCAGAUACGUCAGCAGAACACAAUGAAACAGAGACACAAGAGACAGCACCAAAUACCGUCACAUCUGAGCCAACCCAGACCACUCAAGCCGAUCUUAAUGGCACAUAUCCUGAUCCACAACCAGAGAAUACCACCGGAGACAGCAGCCAUGACGAAACAGGUUCUGGAUAUUUUCCCUCAGAGGUACCUGCUGAGAACCCAACCACCACGACAGAAGCUCAUGAAGAUCAAGAGAACAUGCAGAACAUGACUACAGUGAAGCCAUCUGAACCACCAGCAUACAGAACAACACAGCCUGUGACUCCACCUGCCAUCCCUGAGAUGGAGACCACUGCUGCCCCAGACAGUGAGAAUACAGAAACAGACGUAAAUGGAUCUUUUGACACCAGGGGCGAUUUGGCAAAAGGUUUUUCUUCAGACGGCGUUCAAGACACAAAGAAAAACCAGGCAUGGGGCGUCAUCCUGGUGGUUGGGAUUAUUGUGGGGCUCAUUGCCUUGACAGCAUUUCUCAUUCUUAAUCGAAGGAACAGAAGAGAUUUCUCUCACAGAAAACUGGUGGAAGACAUCUCGCAUGAUCCAGUUCACCGACUGGAUAAUAGCGAGCCACUGGACUUUGGUUACUACAAUCCAGGACUGCAAGGAGACAACAUCCAGAUGGCCAACUUUCCACAGGGCCGGUCAAACUAAGAGGAGAUCUGUGAUGCCAAAGACACUUUAUUUAAUUUCACACUCAUGUGAAGACAGAAGGUUGUAAUGAAGAAAAGAUCUUCAUCUUUGCCAAAUGAAAUGAUUUUACACAAGUGCACAAUUAAACAAUUUUGUUGUGGUGUCUUUUACAUCUAUCUGAAGGAACCAGAAACAAAGGAACCAAGAAUAUUUCUUUGAAGUUCAAAAUACUGUAGAAGUCAUGCCUUUAAUGUUAUGUGUUAUUUUCAUCUGAAGGUCUAAUUUCUUGACAUUAAUAUUGUAGUUUGUGAAAACCAUUUGAUUUCUGAAUGUCAGUAUAAGCAAAACGGCGUGUCACAACUAUUGCAUACUUGGAUGUACUGUAUAUAAGAAAAUGUAUGAAUGAAGUGGUGGAUUCCCUACUAUCUUUCUUCUGAGCCUAUAAUAUCUGUAAAAUAGUUUACAAAGGAUUUAAGUAAUCUAAAAACGUAUUGUAAAAGUGAAUCAAUAUCAUGAAUAGAUUUUAGAAUAAUAAAUAAUAAAGUAACAUACCACUUUUUCAGUAUCAGAUCAUUGUAUAAUCAAAAUAUUUGUAAUGGUUUUUGAAGCGCUUUGAUCACCAGUUCAAUCCUAAACGGUUGUUUCUUCCACUCCUGUAGAUGGCGCACAUUCCCUUUAAAUACAAUAAACACCUC